UAACUUUGGUUUGGAUAGGGCAAUACAACUUCAGCUCAUCUUCUCAACCAUAGCCACAUUUCUCCGUUAAAAUUCAAUCUUGAAAACUCUAAAAAACACAACAAAAAUGGCAACUUUUUCUGCAUCAUCAUCACCAACAAUCACAUGUUACACAGUUUACAAAUCCCACAAAAACCCAAAAACCAUUUUCUCCAAUUCAUUAGCUAUUAACAGAAAACAGUCAGCCCAUAAUUCUUGCAUUGGCAUUCCUAAUUCUUAUCCUAACUCACCAUUAACACUAAAAAGAUUUAUCAAGAUAAGAGCUUUUUCUGCCACUGAAGAAGAAACAACAGUGAUUCCUGACCAAGGGGAAGCUGAGCCUGAGCCUGAGCCCACUGUUUCUGUUCCAGUUUCACCUUCUGAUAUCCUUACCAUGUUUUUUCAGGCUGAGGGAACAAUGAGUGAAGGGGCUAUUCCUUCCGUGACAAGUGCUUUAGAGGAGACGGAUGGCAUCUCAGACUUAAGAGUCCAAGUUCAUGAGGGUAUUGCAAGUGUCGAGCUAAAGAAGAAAACGACAGUGCAAGCUACUGGAGUGGCUUCUAAUUUGGUUGAGAUCAUACAGAGCUCUGGAUUCAAGUUACAAGCACUAAAUUUGAGCUUUGAGGAUGAAGAUGCCAACUAAAUAUUCGAUUUCAUUUGUUUAUUCCUCAAAAAUGAUGAAUCAAGGGUGUCCUCAUCCUUAUAGUCGAGGUAUCUUAAAUUUCUUACUGAUACUAUUUUUCAAGAUGUUUUUUUAGUUAUGGAAGAUAUGUAGAGUUAUCAUUUGAUCCACAAGAUCCAGUUUUAAUGUUGUAUUUGGCUAGCCUAUAAUGUGUUCUGCAGAGCUAUUAAAAGACUGAAAUUUUCGGUAUUAAA